UGGGCCCAAUCAUCUCUCCCCAAGAGAUAUCAUUCUUUGACAUCAUGUGCAUGACACAAAGAUAAUAUUAUGACACACAUCUCAGUCAAAGUCUGCCAUGAAAGGAGAGUGGGAGAGCUCUAGUUCUUCAGUUUCCCCACAAAAACCACUCGUCUGUUCCUAAUUGCAAACUAGCGCCAAAAUUCAGGACGUGUCCCUCUCACCUUCUCACCACCCAAACGCAAACCCAAGGCCCAACUCCAGCCAAAAGGCAAACCCAAAACUUACACUCCACUCUCUCUCUGUCUCUCUCUCUCUCACCUCCCUUCCUCCCCACCUUUCCCCCUGCACAGUACGAGAAGCCUCUGACCAGGUCGGUGCGCAAUGCUUGUUUCUCUCUGCCCAUAAUCGAUCAAUCUCUAUACUCUAGAGACAGGACAUGUUUCCUCGUCCGGGCAUCGUUCAAUGUGCGUACAUCUCGUCAUAUUUCAACGUCCCAACGACGAAUGAAUAGCCGAACAGGUGAAAAUCUAAAAAUUUGGGCAUGUGGGCAUCGAUCAGAAGGAAAAGGGAGGUUCAUGGACACCAAGAUGGAGGAAGUACUCAAGUUCGAAUUGAAAGAGAUUUUGGAAGGGAUGACUUCGUCUUCUGGUGGAAGUUCUGAGCAGUCGGUAUCCGGACGGCCGGAGAAAUCCGUGGCCAGGGGCGGAGAGAAUGCGGAGGAGCCGAGGGAGGGUGGGCAAGAGUCGGUGGUCGUGGAGAAACGGGGUGACUUCGCAGCCGGGUGCCGAUGGACCAUCGGUCAGUUUACCAAGACGAAGGCGAGGACGCUGUGGAGUCGGUACUUCGAGGUGGGGGGCUAUGAUUGCCGAUUGCUUGUCUAUCCCAAAGGUGAUUCUCAGGCCCUUCCUGGUUAUUUCUCCAUAUAUCUUCAGAUUACUGAUCCCCGGGGGUCUUCUUCGUCGAAAUGGGAUUGCUUUGCUAGCUAUAGGCUGUGUAUUGUUAAUCAGAACGACGACUCGAAGUCAAUCCAGAGGGAUUCUUGGCAUAGAUUUUCGAGCAAGAAGAAAUCUCAUGGUUGGUGCGAUUUCACUCCCUCCUCCACAAUAUUGGACGCCAAGUCGGGCCUUCUGUCGAAUGAUUCCAUGGUUAUUACUGCCGAUAUCUUGGUGCUGCAUGAGUCUGUGUCAUUCUCGCGGGACAUUGAUUUCCAAGCGGUGGCUGCCCCUGUUCCUGACGUCCUUAGCGGAAAAUUCACUUGGAAGGUGCAGAACUUUUCUCUGUUUAAGGAGAUGAUCAAGACCCAGAAAAUUAUGAGCCCGGUUUUCCCGGCUGGAGAGUGCAAUCUGCGGAUUAGCGUCUAUCAAUCAUCAGUGAACGGGGUUGAGUAUCUUUCAAUGUGCUUGGAGAGUAAAGAUACCGAGAAAUCAGCUGUGCAGGAGAAGAGUUGUUGGUGCCUCUUUAGGAUGUCUGUUUUGAACCAGAGAGCUGGUUCGAACCAUAUGCACCGGGAUUCUUAUGGUCGCUUUGCAGCGGAUAACAAGAGUGGAGAUAAUACUAGCCUGGGUUGGAAUGAUUAUAUGAAAAUGUCUGAUUUUCUCUCUCAAGAUAUGGGUUAUCUUGUAGAUGAUACUGCAACAUUUUGUGCAUCAUUCCAUGUCAUCAAAGAAACAAACAGCUUCUCGAAGAAUGCAGGGCAGCUCAUUGGUCGGGGCAAUGCACGAAAAUCUGAUGGGCAUCUGGGGAAGUUCACGUGGAGAAUAGAAAACUUCACAAGAUUGAAGGAUCUUUUGAAGAAGAGGAAAAUCACGGGACUAUGUGUGAAGAGCAAGAGGUUUCAAAUUGGCAAUCGAGACUGUCGACUGAUUGUCUAUCCUAGAGGCCAGUCUCAGCCACCAUGUCACCUUUCAGUUUUUCUUGAAGUAACAGAUUCUCGUAAUACCUCCAAUGAGUGGAGUUGCUUCGUGAGUCACCGUUUAUCAGUUGUCAAUCAGAAAAUAGAAGAUAAAUCUGUCACCAAGGAGUCUCAAAAUAGAUACUCUAAAGCAGCGAAAGACUGGGGUUGGCGUGAAUUUGUCACGCUCACUAGUCUCUUUGAUCAGGAUGCAGGAUUUCUUGUGCAGGACACUGUUGUAUUCUCUGCUGAGGUUCUUAUAUUGAAGGAAACUUCCAUGAUGCAAGAGUUCCCUGAUCAGGAAAAUGAAAUCAAUAGUGGAGGCUCUUUGAUAGAUGCAGUUAAACGUCGAGCAGCCUUUACAUGGAAAGUGGAGAACUUCUUGUCUUUCAAGGAGAUCAUGGAGACCAGGAAAAUCUUCAGCAAAUUUUUCCAAGCUGGUGGAUGUGAGCUGAGGAUAGGUGUUUAUGAAUCUUUUGAUACAAUAUGCAUAUACUUGGAAAGUGAUCAAUCAGGAGGGAAUGAUUUUGAUAAGAACUUUUGGGUCAGAUAUCGGAUGGCCGUGGUUAAUCAAAAGAAACCAUCAAAUACAGUAUGGAAAGAGUCCUCCAUCUGCACUAAGACAUGGAAUAAUUCCGUGCUCCAAUUCAUGAAGGUGUCUGAUAUGUUGGAGGCUGAUGCUGGAUUUCUUGUACGUGACACUGUUGUUUUUAUCUGCGAAAUUUUGGAUUGUUGCCCUUGGUUUGAAUUUGCAGAUUUGGAGGUUUUGGCUUCUGAUGAUGAUCAAGAUGCAUUAUCAACUGACCCUGAUGAACUUAUUGACUCUGAAGACAGUGAGGGAAUUAGUGGAGAUGAAGAAGAUAUUUUCAAAAAUCUCCUUGCAAGAGCUGGCGUCCACCUCAGUUAUGGAGAGAAUCCUUCACAACCUCAAGUGACAUUGAGAGAGAAGCUUCUCAUGGAUGCAGGUGCCAUAGCUGGUUUUCUGACUGGCCUACGCGUUUAUCUCGACGAUCCAAUGAAAGUAAAACGCUUACUUCUUCCUACCAAGCUAUCAGGUAAUGCUGUCAGCAAGAAAGAUGCUGGCAAAAGUGAUGCAGGUUCACCUAGCCUUAUGAAUUUGUUAAUGGGGGUUAAGGUCCUGCAGCAAGCAAUUAUUGACUUGCUUCUAGAUAUAAUGGUUGAGUGCUGUCAGCCUUCAGAAGCAAAUAAAGCUGAUGAGGCUUCUGAUGAAAGAUCGAAAUAUGCAAGUGGUAGCAUCUCAGCAUGUUCUCUGGAGCCAGUUAUAGUAAAUGAGGUGAUAGAAUUGACUCAUUUUCCUGUUCAGCAACGUUUGGAUACUGUGCAGAAUGAAGUCUGCAAUGCACAAGCUGUGCAGAGCUCUGAUAUGAAGAGUAUAGAUUCACUUGGAACGUUUUCUAGCCAUUCUAGCUCACCCCCAGAAACAUCUGCGUCAGAUGCUUUGGCUGAUGAUAUGUCAAAUAAAAAUGUAAAGAGAAAGUGGCCAGAGCAAUCUGAGGAGCUUUUGGGAUUGAUAGUUAAUUCACUGAGAGCCCUGGAUGGUGCUGUUCCUCAUGGCUGUCCAGAGCCUAGGCGAAGACCACAGUCUGCUCAAAAAAUUGCUGUUAUUCUUGAUAGGGCACCAAAACACCUUAAGCCAGAUUUAGUUGCCCUUGUACCCAAGUUGGUCGACUAUUCGGAACAUCCACUUGCUGCUUAUGCCCUGCUGGAUCGUAUCCAGAAACCCGAUGCUGAACCCUCGUUACGGCUGCCUGUUUUAAGUGCCCUUAGCCAGCUGGAGUUUGGUGCUGAGGUAUGGGAAAAAGUAUUAUGCCAAGCCCUUCAACUUUUGCCAGAUUCAAAUGAUGAGCCACUUGCAGCAGCUAUUAGUUUUGUAUUUAGAGCUGCCUCUCAAUGCCAACAUCUGCCUCAAGCAGUUAGAGCAAUUCGUUGUAGAUUGAAAAGUUUGGGUGUCAAGGUGUCAGACUGUGUAUUGGAUGUUAUAAGAAAGGCUGCUAUUGCUUGGCCAGAUGCUGCUAAGACUAUGCUGAGGGAUAUUGAUUCCAACCCAUUUCUGGUCAGUAAUUGCAUGACAGAGUCACAGCAAAUUUUUGCAUGUGAUCAACAAGGAAUUACUGUUAGUCAGUUGUCCAUUCCAGAGGAUCAGGUAGCUGUUGCAUGCCAUCAAAUGUCUGACAUUUUUAUCUUAUUUGAAAUGCUUUCUAUACCUAGCCUUGCUAUGGAAGCAUCACAUGUUUUUGAGAGGGCUGUUGCGCAAGGGGCAAUAGGGGAGCAAGCAAUGGUUUUAGUCUUGGAAAGGAGGCAUUCACAGAGGCUAAUAGCAACUUCCCAAAUGGUUUUAAGUUCUCAGAACAAGGAUAUUUUGGUGACUAAACCGAACCAGCCAUUAUCUGAAGAGGAUGAUGAUUUUGUCCCAGUUCUUAGUCUAGCUGAAGCUUUGGCAUCCUCUAGAAAUUCCCGAGUGCAAGAAUUUGUGAGAAUGCUAUAUGCCAUCAUGUUCAAAAUAUAUGAUGAUGAGGUCAGUCGUGGACGAAUGCUAAAAGGACUUGUUGAGCGUGUAACCAGUACGACAGACAGUUGUCAUGAUCUUGAUUUAGAUCUGGAAAUCCUUUUGUUUCUUGUACAUGAAGAAGGAAUUGUAAGACCUGUUCUAAGCAUGAUGCGUGAGGUUGCUGAACUUGCAAAUGUUGAUCGUGCGGCACUAUGGCAUCAACUAUGUGCAAAUGAAGAAGAAAAGAUGCGCACCUGUGAAGAGAAACAAGCUGAAAUUUCUGGGCUUGUGAGAGAAAAGAAUAUUUUAUGUCAAAAGUUAAGUGAAUCAGAGUCAUUAAGCCACCAUCUUAAGUCUGAAAUGAGAGCUGAAAUUGAUCGCUUUGCUCGGGAAAGAAAGGAAAUGACAGAACAAAUUCGAGAAGCAGAAAACCAAAUUGAGUGGGUCCGAUCAGAACGAGAUGAUGAAGUUGCAAAAAUCUCUGCUGAAAAAAAGGUCCUUCAAGACCGUCUACAUGAUGCAGAGAUGCAACUUGCACAACUAAAGUCCCGUAAACGUGAUGAGUUAAAGAGAGUAGUGAAGGAAAAAAAUGCACUUGCUGAACGGCUGAAGAAUGCAGAAGCUGCACGGAAAAGGUUUGAUGAGGAGUUAAAGCGCUUCGCUACAGAAACAGUCACCCGUGAAGAAGUAAGACAGUCACUUGAGGAUGAAGUCCAGAGGUUGACAAAAACUGUUGGACAAACUGAGGGCGAGAAGAGAGAGAAGGAAGAGCAAAUUGCCAGAUGUGAAGCCUACAUUGAUGGGAUGGAAUCAAAAUUGAACACAUGCCAGCAAUAUAUCCAUACUCUUGAAGCAUCAUUGCAGGAAGAAAUGUCUCGCCAUGCUCCUCUAUAUGGUGUGGGCUUGGAAGCUCUUUCAAUGCAAGAGUUGGAGACCUUGUCACGUAUACAUGAAGAAGGACUCCGGCUAAUACAUGCACUCCAACAGCGUAUAGGAAGCAGCAGUCCUCUUAUAACAAGCCAUCCUGUCCCUUCUCCAUUAGGUCUAUAUGGAACUGCUCCUCCAAUGGCUGUUGGAUUGCCGCCUUCCAUUCUACCCAGUGGAGCUGCAAUCCACAGCAAUGGUCAUGUAAAUGGUGUAGGCAGCCCUUGGUUUCCCUCCACGUGAACAGCAUUACUCUAUGUUCUCCAUGUGAGUAGUGAGUUCUACUCAUAUGUCUGGGCUCUGUUUCACCAUAAUCGAUUAUUCAUAUAAUUAAUUUUGUGUUAUUAGAUUGCUGGAAUCUGGUUGUAACUACUGGUCUCAGCUUUGAGUACCAUACAGUUUUGCGCUGUCCAAAUAAAUAACGAAAUGAAAUAUAUAAAUAUAAAUUAUUUGAAAGGAAGGAAA